AUUACAUGUUUCAUUCCAAUUUGUUCCUGUGCUGAAAGUAGUUCGAUUUUAUUUAUUGUUUACUUUUCGUGAACAAUUAUUAAACAAAUAAUUGGAAUUAAAUUAUUAUUAUAAAACUGCAAACACAAACAUAUAAAUAAAGCGAAAUGGUUGUUUUGGAGUCUUGUUGGUCGCCAAUAAUUUGGUCAAAUUCUGUGAAAACCGGAAGUUAUGCCGUGGCGGUAUACACUGCAGCUGUAUCAGUGGUUUUUAUAACAUUGAUAUGUUAUAUGUUAACCGGCGGAGAAUCAGCUCAACUAUAUUCACCACUUUUUGAAACGGAUAUUAGGUCAUCUAUGCCAAUCUAUGGCGGGAUAUUCAUAUUAUACUUUUUGCUUCUCAUAAUUGCAUCGUAUUUUAUAUAUUAUGGAAUAAGAAUAAGCACACGAGGCUGGCUUCUACCCUGGCUUGUUUUAGCAGGCUUAGGCAUAUUGUUCCAGUUUUGUUGGAGUCUUUGGCUUAUUGGUGGCUAUUAUAUUUACCUCGAGCAAACUUUGUCCGCUCUUCUAAAUUUUUGCUGGGUGGCUUACAAUAUUUAUUGCUGGUUGUGCGUGUUCUCACAGUACCAAAUAUUUUUGGUGAUGCAAAAUCCUAAUAUAGUGCUCUUGGAACCAUUUUGAGAUGAUUGAAUAUCCACUUGCAGAUGAAAUACAUAUUCACUGUAUUCGAAUUAACGUUUAGUCGUUAAGAUUUUAGAGACAUUUACAUAUCGAGUGCAAAACAUAUCAAACCUCCAUGUAAAUGGAAACAUUGCUAUGACAAAUAAGAAGACUACAUUCCGUCCAUUUUAUAAGUAUUAUGUACAACAAACGUCUUUUUAAAUCCAACAUACUAAAUAUCUAAUGUAUUCCACUGUUAUAAAUUCGUAAAUUACAACUAAACGAAAAGGUUUACAUUUUACAGCACAAUUUUUAUACAUUUUUUACGAAGAUCUGUAAUAUAAGAUUUAAUAGAUAAUAUGGAUUAGCUUUCCAUAAGAAGCAACGAAUUGAUAUGCCUUAAAAAUAUUUGAAUAAACUUCAUUUAAUUUACUUGUAA